UUCGAGUGAAGGGCAUCGUCACUAGAUCAUUAGGGUUCUUCUUAAGCAUUCCAUGGAGUACGACCUGCCGGAUUUUGGUUUUCUGGAUUCUCCAUGUUCCACUCCUUCAAUGAAUUGAAUCCUUGAAUGACGCGUUCACCCAACAAUUUGUCUACCUACGCCCUUUCCGCCUUCUCUUUUUCUUCUUCCAGUACUAAUUUCUCCUCGAUAUUGAAUUGAACCACUUCCUCGGCCACGGAAAGGAUAAAGCUUCCCUGUGAGGUCGAACCGCGGAGGUAGCCCUCAAAUUUGAGACCGAACUUGUUCUGUAGGUGGCCAUUGCUCUGAGAGCGGGGACGGGGAGCAUUUGCACGAUGACACUUUCUUCUUUCCAGAUUGCUGAAUUAUUGCACUCUCACUGAAGAGAAAAAGGAGCAGAACUCAGUUCAAGCAUUGCACGGUCUCAAGUCUCAAGCUUCGAGAUGGAAGAGGUUGAGACCGAGUUGAGCGCGGACCUGUUUGAUCAGAUUGACGAUUUACUCGACUUCCCCAUCGAAGACAUCGAUGGAAUGGUGGGAGACGGGAUGGAGUUUUGGCGCGGUAGUGACCAUGUGUUGGGGAGCGAACACGACCAUCCAGGAGGCGAGCUCUCUAUUCCUCUCUGCGACGACAUGGCGGAGCUGGAUUGGUUUUCCAACUUUGUGGAGGACUCUUUCUCGGCCGGCAAUGACAACGGCAACAGCAGCCCCUUCCACGACUCCCAACUCCGACCCUCCAGCCCCAUCUCCGUGCUGGAGAGCAGCUCCUGCUCCAGCAAGACUCUUGCCUUCAGCGGCGAUGCAGCCCUCCUCUCCGUGUCCGUCCCAGGCCGCGCCAGGAGCAAGCGCCCCCGCCCACCUGCCUUCUCUCCUCGGACAACCACCACCGGCUCCCCCUUCAUCAUCUCCCCCACUUCAUCCGUGAACACCAAUCCCUCACCAUUUCCACGGGAGUUGGAUUCCUUGGCAGAGUCCGCACCCCCCAAGAAGAUGUCGAAGAGGAAGGCGGUGGAAGUUCAGGCGAGCGCCGCAGCCAGGAAAUGCCUGCACUGCGGCUCGCAAAAGACCCCGCAGUGGAGGGCGGGACCGCUGGGUCCCAAGACGCUCUGCAACGCUUGCGGUGUCCGCUACAAGUCCGGCAGGCUCUUCCCGGAGUACCGGCCUGCGGCUAGCCCGACGUUCGUGGCCUCAAAACACUCGAAUUCACACCGGAAGGUAAUGGAGAUGAGGACGACGAAAGGAGCACCUGACAGCGGGGAAGCGGCGAAGGAAACGGAGUUUGAGUUUCAGGGGAACGCAGUCGUUGGCAAGCAGAGUGUGUGUUUCGGGGGAGCGCAGUCGUAGGCAGGCAGUGUGUGUUUUAAGGGAGCAAUGUCGGCGGGAAUGUUGAUCGAUUCCCUUUUCCUCCGCUAGUUGCCAUCUUUGUACAGUAGAAGAGGCGUUAGGGGGUAAACAAAAUUAAGAUUCAGCAUAGCUCUUUUCAGUCUUAGAUCAUAGGUAGAAGCAUGAGGAACGAUUUAGGUGGAGGCUGAGGAGAAAGCAAAAACAAUUAGCAGAGAAUGACGAGUGUAGGAGUUGUUGACGCGGAGCGUAGAGCUGGAAAUGGUUUUCCUUCAUCAAUCCGGCAUUAUUUACUGCAUUUUUCAUGUUAUGGUAUCCACUAAGAAGAAACCAUGUGUCAGGUAUUUGCUUGUUUGUGCUACAUUCUUUUAUUUCUAUUCUAAUAAUUUAUUUCCUUGUCA